UAAAAGGUGAUUUGUGUUGUGGUCGCUCUUUCAUUAAUGACGAUGAUUGCGUUAGAACCGGAGCAACCAAGACCGACGGAGGAAAGGGUGCCAAAAAUAGAGGCAUCCAGCUCACAGAGGACCUUAACCCGCUCGAGUGCCAUAAGCCAGAAAUCUGUCGACAUUAUAGUUCACCCGGAGAGUUCCAAUAAUCCUUUGCAUCGAUCGAAACUUGCGCCCGUCAGAUCAGCAUCAGAUUCUCAAUCAUCCGGCAAGAAAAUAUUGAACUUGCGAAAGACUAAGAAUUCAUCGAUUGAGUCGACUAUGAGUUUGCCAAAUCAAAAGUCUUUGGAAAAGAAACAUAGUAGUCUUCGCCACCAGAAGUCGAUCGUGGCACAUUCAGACAUCACGCUGAGCACGCAGCCCUCCAUAUCCGACGAUAGGAAAGCGCUGCGCGAGGCUUUAUAUCAGGGUAUCUUCCAUAGACAUAGACGGACGAUUUUCGCCGUCGGCUCGUUCCUUAGGAUGCUAAGAAGCAAAACGUCCAAUUACGACUCCAUUAGAUCGGAAUCAGAUGAGAUUUAGCAGUAAAUUUAGUAUAGCACAUAUUAUAUAUAAUAUACGUUGGUGAUGCGACAGACUGCAAUGCUUUUUAAUGUUAUUCUAUAGUUAUAGUGAAUGAUGUUGUUAGAUUGAUAAUUUGUAACAAUUGUUUUGUAUUAAAAUGUUCCUAAUUAGUUUGGAAGUGUUUCAUUAUUUGUUAAGACCCGCUCGUGAUAGAGUUAUCGAUUAACCGUUGAGAAUAGAACCAAAUAAACCUUAGAAAAAUCUUAAAUAAUAAAUUAAUGUGACCUCGUUCAUAAUGAGGUUUAAUCUAUUGACCUAUAAACCAGCAAGUUUGGGAAUAUGAAAAAAGUAAUGUGACAUGAUGAUUGGAAGUAAGUACUAUUACAGUAUCGCGUGACCUUAGCCAUUCAAGGACACGCUUAUCGUAUUCCCCGUUACCUUGACUUUAAAAAAUGCGAUAUCGUGUUGUGGUCACAACACGUGUUUUAUUUUUUUUCUCUUGUCAGCUGACCAUGACUCCUUUCUGUCAUUUCCUUAACACGAGAUAAGUUUUGGCGGAAAAAAUAUAAAAAACCUCAAACUUAUUUCAUUUUAACUAGGUAUUAGAGUGGAUGUUAAAGCAGAAUAAAAAUUGUGGAUAUUCUCAAUUUGUAAAUAUGAAUUUUAAAAGAGUAUGAUCAAGAAAUAAUCUCUGGUGAAAGUCCAAUUUUUCUUUUACAAUUGACCAAAUCGUUUAAUUGUAUAAAAUUAAUCUCUUGUUUAUAUUUUCAUUAAAAUUUUAAUAAUAAUGCUUUUCACAGUAGGAUACUACGGAAAAUUAGAAUACGCCAUUUCAUUGAGCUUAAAUUAGAAUAUACGUAUAUAAAAAUCUAUUUUUAUUGAUAGUAACACCAGAUUAUCAACAAUAUUUGAAUACCUAUAUUUUUGCGUUCCGUUUUUAAAAUAGUCGGUGUUGCUAUAAAUAUUAAUAAGAGCUAUUUGUUUAAUUUCUCGUUUGCAAAAAUGAAAUAUACGUACAUACGUAGAGAAAUACAUUGUUGACACAUUUUUGGAACAUUUUAUGCACUUUUAUAUAUUUAUAAUCAAAGUUUUUUGUAUUUGUGCUGUUGUGAAUACUAAGAAACGAGAUUUUGUAAUAGCAAAAUGUAAUUUUAAGCGAAUUAAUCUGCUUCUUUUCGUUAUACAUGUAAAUAAUUGUACGAAAUAAGUUGAAUGAUUGGUUGAAUUCAGUUAAAUUUUAGCUCAAUACUUUUUCGACUGCCAAAAAAUAAAAAAAGUAUGCAUCGUGUUAUAAAAUUAUAAAUGAAAUGUUUAACAUAAUGUGAAUCAUGAGCUUUCUGUAUAGAAUAGUUAGCUUUGUAAUAGAGAGGUAAUAUUUUUAUUUCUAGGCGCAAAUCGGCCAUAUUGUUUAGCGAUGUCAUAAAAUACAGUUUUGUUGUGAAACAUUUUUGUAUAGAUAGAAUAGAUAUAACACAGAAAAAUCAUUUUUUUUUAACCACGAAACGUGUUAUUUAAAAACGGUAAAUUGUAAUUUAAGAAUGUACAAAUGACGUGGAAAAGAGGAAAGAAAUAAAGUGGGAGACAAUUUUUUUAACUUUUAUUUUUUUCUGUAUAUUUAAUUAAAGCGUAGCGUUAGCAUAAAAAUAAUUAAAGCGUUUUAUAUAAGAUUUUUAAUGCGCAUACUUACGGUAUUGUUGUAAUAAUGUAGAUAUUGGUGGUAGGUCUACACCUAUAUUUUUUAUGGUUUAUAACAAAAAAUAAUUUUACCACAAUAUUUAGAGCAUAUAUUUGUUAAACACGAUCAAAAUGUUUGGAUCUUGUUAUUGUGUCUCUCCCUUUAUUGAUGUUCCUAGGACGACAUUACGAUCGAUGAAUGAGAAAUAGAAACGCCUACGUAUUUCUGGGCUUUGCAUGAUGCACCCGAACAAACCCACUCAAAAACGAUUUUAAACAAUGUAAAAUUAAUCAACUGUUUGUACGUUAAUUGCAUGUUUUUGAGCGUGCGUGUUUACCCUUGACCACACGCGUGGUAAAAUUGCAUAGAUUGUUUGUUACCCGUCAUAAGCUCUUUCAGUUUAUGAAUUAUCAAUUAUGUAAGGGUGCAAUAUAAUUUUAACUCAGUGUAUUGUUUGGGGUACUCAACCCGCCUCGUAUAAAUAACGUUUUACAAUUUGCAAUGUGUAAAAUAACCGAUACAAUCAAUAUGGAUUGAUUUAAUUCAAAAAAGAUGAACAAUUUACGUUUAUUAUAUAUUAAUGCUACACAGAAGUUUGAUAUAACUUCCGCAUAGAACAUGCAAGCCCAAAAUUAUACGUUAUUUUAAAAAUUGAAUUUAAAUUUGUUAUGCAUAGAUAAAAUACUGUUUACAAACAAAUGAUUGUAUAUUAAUCACUAGUGGUAGCGUUCAUUGUAUUAUUUUUUUUAAGUUAACAUAACAUUCCUAAUUUAUAAAUGGCUAUCGUUAUUAAUAAUCGACAUUUGUGCCGCAAAAAGACUGUUAACAAACAAACAAAAAAUUACAACCGUGUAAAAAUACUAACAGU